AGCGCUACUAACUCAAAACACUUUUAAUCACGCAAUGUAUCCAUAAAAACGACCGGCGGUUUGUUAUGGAUAAUUACAAAAUUGAAAAAUACAAAAACACUUUUAUUGUGAAGACAGCACGCUUGACUUCCGCAUGUAAAGGGUUAUACUUGUAAUUUUGUUAACAGAUCUAACCUGCUGAAGAGGAGGGACACUAUCAUCUGAGGACGAACAUGGAAUAAACAUGGCCCACAAUAGAGGACAUUUCUUGGACGCUCUGGAAAGAUCCGAAGCUCGUCCUGAUGGUGGCUACAAGCGCAACGGAAGCUUCUGUCAGUCUGGAGGCAGCGAGGAAGAAGAGAAACACAAUCUUUUCAGGACCAGCGUGGCAAGCACGCAGGACACGGACAAACAAAUUUGUGCAUCCUCGAAUGUGAAAAAGUGUCCCUCUUUGAAGCGCUGGACUCCAGGGGGACCCCUGAGGACAUAUAAAAAACGCUCCAGCAGUCACAUGAGGCCUCUUUCCCCCAAAAGACUCAGUACAGCGACGUCCCCCCCCAUGCCCAGCAGAACCAACUAUUUCAUCUUCAGCCCCGCCACUUCACAAGGAGUGGUCCUGCAGGGGCGCCACUUUCAGCACGCACAAAUGAGCUCUGCCACAAGGAAACCUGUCCAAAGCAGUCUGGAUGUGACACAAAGGAACAACUUGACCUCCACGCAGCAGACACUUGAAGUGGACAACAUCGUGCUCACCUGUCCUGACACAGCAGGAGGCGAGAGCUUGAACAUCAAACGUCGCGUCCAACAAAGGAGGAAACCUUUGGAGAGCACUAUAGGUUUCCCUUCCCAGGUGGAAGACAACCAGGCGUUGAGCACUUACCAAACCGUGUGUGGAAAGUGCAGCAUGCCGUGUGAAGACGGCACUAAGUGUCACAACUGCGGCAACAGUCCAGCUUGUCUGCCCUGUCAGCAGGGGGCGCUGUCUUCGCCGUACCCCCGACCACCAAUCCGAUCUCGACCCCCCUCCGCACCCAGCAGCGGCCUGCAACAAAACUUCUACAAACCAUCGGCAUGCAGCAACAGACCCGUUCGGGCUGCCAGCGUCAACGGCCCAACUCCUCGGUCGGCCGCCACUUCUGGCUGCUGCGACGUAUGGAACCCACCCGGACGGAGGCGGAAGACUGCAGCCCAGCACGACCUCGAUGAUCCCAUUGUCUUGUCCAGCGAUGACGAGAUGGACAACGCUAGCACAGGAAGUGUCAACAGGCUUGACAGCAUCUCCCCGCAACCUGCAGACUCGGCACACUCCUCUCCUGCACCCUCUUGUGGCAGAGUGGAGGCGGCUGUAAAAAGCUGCAGCGAGCAGGAGGAGCUCAGUGCCGAGUUCUUCGAAGACGUCAACCUGAAGAUCAUGAUACCACGGGGACCCAUUAUGAAAGACCAGUUGCAGAAGCAGCUGUGUUCUCCCAGAAGCAAGCGCUCUAAAGUGGAGUCCAGCAAGUGUGACAGCAUCAUCCUGCAGUGUCGUAGUGUACGAGUGGGAACGCUGCGCAGGAUGGUGAAGAAGCCUGUCAUUUUUUCUGUGGAACGCAUUCAGCUUGAAACGGAAGGAGCCGAGCAGGACACUACAGAGAAGGUGGACCUUCAGGCCUCGGAGCUGAUCAGCUGUGAAUGGUGCAGCGUACGCAAGCUUCCCGUCUUGUUUUUCCAGACCACAUCUGAGGAGUGCGCCCGCCUUCGCACGCAGCUCAACAUGUCGCAGGAGUGCGGCGGCCAGUGGUACGACUGUGCCGGAGAACACUGUGACGAGAAGUACAUUGUCCUCAUCUUUGUGGACGGCCUGGAGAUGAAAGAGCAGAUGAUCCUGGAAGACAUCUUGGGCGAGAUUGGCAGGAACAACAACCGCAGCAAUUUUCCCGGGAAGCUGCCCUUUGAGGAGGCCAACACUCGUCUGGUCAACUUCAACAAGACAUCCAAGCAGAAGGAGGUUGUUGUUCUCAUGGCAUCUUUUGGGACUUAUGCACAUUCCACAAGUCUGUUGCUCUUCUUUUCCUCUGCUGUCUCACCGCCGCUGUCGUCUCUGCAGUUAAAGGUUGUCCAAUAUCAACAGGUCAGCCGGAUGUGUCUUCCGGCGCCUACUUACGUGGCCUUCCGUACGCGUACGGCCGCCCGCCGACAAAGCAGCACCUUCUUUGAUGACGAAGAUGAGGACAUGGCCGACCUCCAGCCCACUUUCUCUGGGCUGGUGGUGAAGCUGAUGGUGUACCCCCCGCCCCCUGCCAAAGGAGGCAUAUCGGUGACGAACGAGGACCUCCACUGCCUCAACGAUGGCGAAUUCCUUAACGAUGUUAUCAUCGACUUUUAUUUAAAAUAUUUAGUUCUGGAAAAGUUGAAAAGGGAAGACGCUCAAAGAAUCCACGUGUUUAGCUCCUUCUUUUACAAGCGACUGAACCAGAGGGAGAGGAGGAACCUUCCAGAAACCAGCAGCCUUCCGAUCCACAAGAGACGGCACAACAGGGUGAAGACGUGGACACGACAUGUAGAUCUGUUCCAGAAGGACUUCAUCUUUGUCCCCAUCAACGAGUCGUCCCACUGGUACCUGGCAGUCAUAUGCUUCCCUGGCAUUAACCUUCCACUGCACGAACCUGGCUCCGCCACCCCCACUAAUAACCAGCCAUCAGAGGACGUACCGGAUCACUGCUGUCCGCUUUCCCCAAACACUGAUUUGCUGGACGGGCAAUCGGAGGACUCUCGCUCUGAUGUCCUAGUCCCACCCGACGAGCAAGCGGUGUCUGGGAUUUCCAGGGGGCCUGAACCACAAUACCUCAGCGAGUUGCACAGAAUCAGUGUUAGUUACACAGGCGAGCACGCCUCCACCUGCUCUGAUGACCAAAGCUCCGGUCAGGAUGAGUGCAGUGAUGACGGCACGCCAACAGAAGACGCCCUCUCCGCCAACACCUCCUCGCUUUUAAAAGCCGACUUGUGCAAACAACCUUGUAUCCUCAUCAUGGACUCCCUGCGUGGUCCCACUCGCUCCACGGUGGUCAGAACUCUACGAGAGUACUUGCAGGUGGAGUGGGAGGUGCGCAAAGGCAGCCAUCGCUCGUUUGGGAAGGACGUAAUGAAGGGUUCCAGUCCUCGUGUGCCUCAGCAGGACAACUUCAGUGACUGUGGCGUUUACAUCCUGCAGUAUGUGGAGAGCUUCUUCCAGAAUCCCAUUGCUAGCUUCCAUCUACCCAUCAACCUGUUGGACUGGUUCCCUCAGCAGAGGAUGAAGACCAAGCGUGAGGAGAUCAGAAGUCUGAUCUUACACAUCCAAGAACGACAGGAAGUGGACAAGAAGGAGUUGGAUGCUUUGUCCGCUUCCUCUGAAGAGCCGGAAAUUAAAGAGACUGAUGGAUCUCCUGGUGGAUCUUUUGAUGGUCAAACACACUUACCUGUAACCCCCUGAACUUUGUUGGACUGAAUGCUGCUGAAAUGCUGCUGCACUCAAUCCAUUCUCCACCUUUAACUCUUUCCAAUAAACGUCAAGUGCAAA